AUAAAAUGGAUAGGACUUUUGCACAAUGUUGCUAUUGGGAAUAAAUAACUUGUUACUAGUAAUCAACCUGGUUCUAAUUCUGAUUGAGCCCAGUUUCACAACGAAUUAUUGUUCAAAAGAACUUUGCAAGGGUAAACGACAUUGUCGCUGCGGAAAAGAUGGGUCAUUCGGGCCAGACUGCCCUAAAAAUGCUGAGGAAGUUCGAAUGACUGAAGAACUGAAGCGUCUUAUUGUCGACAUCCAUAAUGAGGUACGAGAAAGUAUCUCUGAAGGAAAUUACAAAGGACUGAAACCUGCCAACCGAAUGAUUAAGAUGGAAUGGGAAAGCGAACUAGCUGAAAAUGCUCUGUACACUGCUAAAACCUGUCGGUACGUACAUGAUGAAUGUAGAAACACACCAAAGUAUGGUGACGUUGGACAAAACAUUGCAUUGUUUUCCAUAAAAUCCACUAAGAAAAUGGAUAUCAACAAAACUGUUAAAAAAAUAAUCGACAGCUGGUUAAGUCAAGCCGAUAACGUUGCCAACGAAAUUCAACGAUAUGGAUCUUUUUCAGGUGACGAUUCCGAUUAUUUCGCUCAAAUGAUUCGAGCCAGCUGUGGUCAUAUCGGAUGUGCAUUGGUAUAUUACGUCACUGAUAAUGAUGCACGUCAGAAUUUGUUUUUUGUUUGUAACUAUUCCUCAGCGAAUGUCCCGAAUGAGCCCAUUUAUGACGUUGGACCGGCAUGUUCUGCCUGUGUCACCGGAUGCAGUAAAACAUCACCCGGUUUGUGUAAUACAGAGGAAGAAAAUUAUUUGAUAAAGUUAAAAUUGUUGAACAUAACUCAACUGAAAGUAGAAGAUCCGCUCAAAUUGGGGCAUCUAUUGAAUAUAGACCUGUUAAAUCGUCAUUAGUUCAAGCGCGAUACUAUGAAAUAGUUAUAAAUUUAUUUUUAUUGAAUAAAUUGGUGUAU